AAUUUCAUUACCUAUUAUUUAGCUGGUUUGCUCAAUAAUAUCAUAGUAACAUUAUAACUUAAACAUAAAUGAUAUACGUUGAAACGACGUAUAAGAUCUUGUAAUACGAUUAAUACAACAACCCCAUAUUUACAGAACAUAAUGGAAAAGGGACUGAGUAUAACUACCGAAUUUACAAGUGGACUUCAAAUUUUAUUUAAUAACAUUAAGAAACACAAAGUGCUAUUGCCAGAAAUGGAAAAGCCUUGGACACUGGAAUUGCUUCUAUUCUGGAUUAAAGACAACAUAUUGGUCGACAAAGAAAAAUGUGAUUUGUUUAUGAAGGGCAAUACUGUGAGACCAGGCAUCAUUGUAGCUAUUAAUGACCAAGAUUGGGAACUCUUAGGUGAUUUAAAAUAUCAAAUCAAGAAUAAUGACAAUAUAACAUUUAUAUCUACAUUACAUGGCGGUUAAUAAUUAAA